CACCCUCCCCUCCAACUACGCGUCAUUUUCUUUCCGUUUUCACGUUCCCCUGCCCCCUCCCCUCCCUCUGCCUCCCCACGUCACCUCCACCUGCCGCCGGCAAGCUCGCCUCGCCCCAGACGCUGUCUGCUUCUCGCCGAAGAUGGCGACAGAAGGGUUGGUGCCGAUCACGCGGGACUACCUCGCGCGCUACUACGACAAGUACCCACUGCCCCCGCUCCCCGACGGGGUCACCACCCUCGCUGCACGCCUCCGCGACAUGUCCGCCGACCUCGCCGCUGUCGCCCCGAUGUCCCCCGACGAGGAGCUCUUGGGAAGAGAGGCAGGCGGCAUACCCGCCCAUAAAAUUGAUGAGAACAUGUGGAAGAACAGAGAACAAAUGGAAGAGAUUCUGUUUUUGCUUAAUAAAUCUCGUCGUCCCAAUCCACUUCAACAGAAGUCCACACCAGAAGAUGAUGAGAUAGCUUGUAAACUUGAUGUUGUUGAAACAAAAAUAAAGGAUAUGUUGAAGAAGUUAGAACAGUUUCAGUUAACGAAUGCUGAUAAUGUUUUCAAUACAGUUAUGACAUACAUGCCCCAAGAUUUCCGGGGUACACUGAUCAGGCAACAGAGAGAACGUUCUGAGAGAAAUAAGCAGGCAGAAGUUGAUGCUUUAGUUCAUGCUGGUGUAAGCAUUCGUGAUCGAUAUAAAUUGCUGUGGAAACAGCAAAUGGAGAGGCGGGUGCAAUUAGCGCAGCUUGGUUCUGCAACUGGUGUAUAUAAGACACUUGUUAGAUACUUGGUUGGUGUUCCACAGGUUUUAUUGGAUUUCAUUCGGCAAAUAAAUGAUAGUAAUGGACCUAUGGAAGUGCAAAGAGAACGUUAUGGGCCAGCACUAUACACACUUACAAAACUGGUGCUUGCAAUUCGGUUAUACCUACAUCUCUCUUUGGCACGAUAUGGACAAAUGAAAAUAGAGAAGGAUGACCUUGCUGUGUUGCAGCAGGCCGUGGUUAUCUACAGUGAGGAAUUUGGAAAGUUCACCACAUUCAUAGGUGAGGUGUUUGUGAACGCUCCAUUCUUCAUAUCUGCGGAGGAUGCAGGUGCUGAUUCAAGGACAAGUGAUGAAUACCGAGAAACCAUUAUACCAGCGGGAAAGACACAUGAGGUUAUUUUAAGUGUUGAGGCUGUCAACUCAUAUAUUGCAUGGGACUUCUCUUUGCAACAGGGGGCCCUUGGCACGCUACUGGAUAUUGGCUUUCAUGUGGAGUACAUAAGCCUGUCAGGGGAGAAAACUCUAAUUCUUCCCUACCGACGAUAUGAAGCUGACCAGGGUAACUUUUGCACUGUUUCUGCCGGGUCAUACAAGCUUGUAUGGGACAACUCAUAUUCAACAUUCUUCAAAAAGACCCUCCGUUACAAGGUGGAUGCAGUGCCUCCGGUCGUUGAGCCCGCAGAACCUGUGGUUGCACCCUGACGGAGUCAGACUAAUGUAAGCCACAAGGCCCCCAUCCCAGCUACGGAGUAGCCGUGCAGAUGCAUCUAAAGUCCUUGCACCAUGUUGUAUCCUUAUUCUUUGCCGACAGCAGCGCGGGAAUUCUAAUCAUAGGGUUCCUGCGAUUAUAGAAUACACAUAGUGCACCGGUGCGUGGGUGCAAAUUAUUUAUCUGUGUGCAAAUGUUUACGACCACUUGCUGAUGAUUAACUGCUUGUAUACAAGAUGCUUUACUGGUGAAUGACAACAUAGGUACCUCACUCUCCUGUA